AAAUAUCAAAUUUCUUUACUUUUUUUAAUUAAAAUUCAAUUAUGGUGAAACCGAGUGAAAAUGGGUCUCAGUCAAUAGCACCUUUUCUAAAAAAAUGUUAUGAAAUGGUAGAUGAUGAGUCUACUGAUGCGAUAAUUUCAUGGAGUCAAAAUAAUGAUAGUUUUAUAAUUUGGGAUAUGACUGAAUUUUCAGUCCAUUUGCUCCCUAAGUUCUUCAAGCACAGCAAUUUCUCCUCUUUCAUCAGGCAACUCAAUAUUUAUGGUUUUAGAAAAAUUGAUACAGACCGUUGGGAAUUUGCAAAUGAUGGAUUUGUCAGAGGCCAAAAGGACUUGCUUAAGAAUAUAGCUAGACGGAAACACUCCCCGGGAUCUGAGCAGCGUAAACCAUUGCAGCAGCAGCCACUACAGCAGCUGGAGAACACUGUUGGAUCAUGCGAAAACAAUGAAAACACUGCACUGUGGAAGGAAGUUGAGAAUUUGAAGACUGAUAAAAAUGCUCUGAUGCAGGAAUUGGUUAAACUUACGCAGUUCCAGGAAACUGCAGACAAUAAGGUUCUUCUCUUGAAGGAACGUCUUCAAGGAAUGGAGAAAAGUCAGCAGCAGUUGUUAUCCUUCUUAAUAAUGGCUAUGCAGAGCCCCGGCUUUUUGGUCCAACUGAUUCAACCAAAAGAAAAUAAUUGGCGCAUGGCUGAACCAAGCAAUAUGCUAGAACAAGUUACAGAAGAUGGUGAACCAAUUGCUUCUGACAAUAUGAUAGUAAGGUAUCAGCCGCCAGUGGAUGGCACAUCAAAACCGGUACUCGCACCAGUGGUAGAUUGCGAAAAUCCUCAUGAAUCUGAUAACUCUUCAGAUGGAACAAAAGAUUUUUGGAUGAAUAUUGAUUUCGUGAAAGUGCUUAUGGAUGAAAGUCAUACACCUUUCAUUCCCCCAGAUUUACACGAUGAUGGUGCGUGGGAAAAACUUCUUUUAGGCAACACCUUUCUAGAGAAUAAUGACGAUGGAAAUCAAGAUAAAGAAAUCCCCAUGAACUCUGGUAUGGAAAUGGAGGUAACAGAUUCCGAAACCCAUUCAGAAAAGUCGUGUAGUUUUGAACAGUUACUACAAAAUAUGGGGAAAUCCCAGAACCUAGAGAUUGAACCACUUGUAAAUGGAUCACCAUUAGAGAAAUCUCCAGACUUGGAACUUCUAACAGACCAAAUGGGCCAUUUGACUUCCAAGAGUACUAAACCGCACCAAACUCCUUAGAAAGGUAAAAGGAGAGAAUUACAUGAAGAUCUGAGAUUUUAAUCGAAAUACCAACAUGAAAAAUAUUAAAGGAAACCCAUAUUUUCAGUUCUUAAGAACAAUGCAUAAAACUUCUAGGGAUGGAUAACCUUAGCUAUGCCAAAAGCAGCAGCAGAUGCAAUGGCACCAAUGAGAGCAGUUUGGAAUGCGCUUUUUACCGGUUUGUUGCCGGUGAAGUAACCUUUGGCGUAGCCGAAGAUGAGGAGUGCAGCAAUGGUGAUGACCACUGAUGCAACCACCGCAUCCUGGGCUCUUGGAAUGAACAUGUAAGGAAGGAGUGGCACCAAUCCACCCAAUAUGUAAGAAACGGCAAUGUUGAAUGCGCUUUGUAAUGCUCUUCGUGGAUCUGGCUUCUCUAACCCCAGCUCAAACCUGCAUAUGUUUACAGCAGUGUUUUACCAAAUAUGUUGGAUUUUAUGAAAACAAUGGGUUCCCAUCAAUAUCCAGCAAAAUGUUCUAAAAGAAUAAAUCUAUACAUGAUUCCACUCCCAUUGAAGGAGGGAAUGAAUGUGUUGAAAAUAUAUGGAAAUCUUUGUUUGUAACCAAAAAGAAGAGUUUUUUUUUAGAAGGAAAAAAAAAAAGGCCCCCCAA